UGCCUCCAGCCUCCUGGCCCGGCUCCCCGAGAAGCGUCGUCGGUGGCCAGAACGAUGCUGGGCCCGCGUCGCCUGUCGAUGGUCCUCCUGGCCGCGGCCGUUACCUGUGCCGUGGCGCAGCACGCGCCGCCGUGGACAGAAGACUGCAGAAAGUCAACCUAUCCUCCUUCUGGACCAACCUAUAGGGGUCCAGUUCCAUGGUACACCAUAAACCUUGACUUACCACCCUACAAAAGAUGGCAUGAAUUAUUGACUGACAAGGCGUCAUCACUAAAAAUAAUAGUGAAUUCCCUGAAGAAUGUAGUAAAUGCAUUUGUGCCAAGUGGGAAAAUAAUGGAGAUUGUAGAUCAGAAGUUGCCUGGUCUACUCGGCAACUUUCCUGGUCCUUAUGAGGAAGAAAUGAGGGGGAUCGCGGCUGUUACUGGUGUCCCUUUAGGAGAGAUUAUUUCAUUCAACAUUUUCUAUGAACUUUUUACCAUUUGUACUUCAAUAAUAACAGAAGACAAAAAAGGUCACCUACUUCAUGCACGAAACAUGGAUUUUGGAGUAUUUCUUGGGUGGAAUACAAACAAUAAUUCCUGGGUUGUAACUGAGGAACUAAAACCUUUAACAGUGAAUUUGGACUUCCGAAGAAACAAUAAAACUGUCUUCAAGGCGUCAAGCUUUGCUGGCUACGUGGGCAUGUUAACAGGAAUCAAACCAGGACUGUUUAGUCUCACACUAAAUGAACGUUUCAGUCCGAGUGGCGGUUACAUGGGUAUCCUUGAGUGGAUGCUGGGAAAGAAAGAUGCCAUGUGGAUCGGGUUUAUUACUAGAUCAGUUCUGGAAAAUAGUACAAGUUAUGAAGAAGCCAAGAAUAUACUGACCAAAACCAAAAUAUUGGCCCCAGCAUACUUUAUCCUGGGAGGCAAUAAGUCUGGGGAAGGAUGUGUGAUUACACGAGGCAGAAAACAGUCUCUGGAUGUAUAUGAACUUGACCCCAAGCUGGGUAGGUGGUAUGUCGUACAAACAAAUUAUGACCGUUGGAAAAAUCCCUUCUUCCUUGAUGAUCGCAGGACACCUGCGAAGAACUGUCUAAACCGAACAACCCAAGAGAAUAUAUCACUUGCAACUUUGUAUGAUGUCCUGUCGACAAAACCUGUCCUCAACAAGCUGACCGUGUUCACCACCUUGAUGGAUGUUACCAAAGGUCACUUUGAAACUCACCUGCGGGAUUGCCCAGACCCUUGUAUUGGGUGGUGAGCCUGGCACACACCCCACCUGCAGCGCUGUUCUGAAGAUGCCAGCAUGCCGCUCGCCUAGCCCUCCGCUCUCUGAAGACUUAAGACUCAAGACUCAGGACAGUUCUCUCUGAGCAGGAACUUGUCUUUCUCGGAAUGUUUACAAUACACAGGCUCUUUUUGCCCUACCAGUUGAUCAUUCUUACGUACGUCAAGUACAGAAAUCACCUAGAGUUUGCUGAGUUCCAUUUCACUUUGACAUUUGGGGCAGGGGACGGGUGGUCACACGCUGUGCAGCCUCCCAAGAAGGAAGCCAGGGCUUCUGCAGGUGUGGAAACCAGCAUGUGUUUAUGGCUAAUCGUUCAGCAGUUCAAUUUACUAGUUUUUUCAUUUUUACCUGCAUAUUUGAAUGUUUUUCAGGAUCGAUUUUUUUUUCUUACUGCUUCUAACUUCUCUUCACAUUAAUUCACCAUUAACUUCGCUGUCUGUGAUGGCAGGUGUGAUUUCAACUGACCUUGACGGGGGAGAAUGAGAGAGAUGUUCGAUUGUAUAUUUCUCAGAAAGGGCAAUAUGUGUGCAUUUAAUUCUGAAGAGAAAUACUUUUUGGGGCUUACAGAACAAUCAAUACACAGGCCUUCUUGAUACACAGAAUUGAAAUGUUCCCUUUUUUCAUAAUUAUUCUACCUCCCGUAACCCCAGGAAGUAGUUAACUUCAAAACAGAAUUUCAGGUUCUGUUCUCAUUGAUAAUGGGACAUGAACCCAUUAUUUUAAAACUCUUGUAUAACUUAUUUAAUAAACAGAAUUUUAGUUUUUCCUUCUGAUCAAAUGUAUUUUUAAAAAACUCGAUACUAAAAAUGUUUUUCAGAAAUCUAUAAAAAAAAACAUUAAUAAAAACGUGUUGACCUCUCAGAACUUUCACAGUUCACUAUGAAACAUGUGCCACUUGGGCAGGACUGUAUCCACUUCAUCUCUGUACAAUAUUGAUUGCAUUCAUGACAUUCAAUAAAGCAGUCAUGUGAGCCAGCU